UAUAUAUAUAUAUAUAUAGUUUCUUUCCUUUUUCUUUGCAUUUGCUGUUUGUUUUGAAAGUUUAUAAAGGAUGGCAAUUAGUGGUCAAUUUAUGGUUUUAGUACUUGUUUGCUUGGCAGAGGCUUGUUAUGGUAUCAUCACAUUCUCUUCCCUGCAAAGGACUCUUAUGGUCACUGCUUCACCUAGUCCGGGACAAGUUUUAAAAGCCGGGGAGGACCUAAUCACGGUGACAUGGUCAUAUAACCAGAGCUUCCCAGCUGGGACAGACUCAGCCUACAAGACUGUGAAGGUGAAGCUCUGCUAUGCACCCAUUAGCCAAGUGGACCGAGCCUGGAGGAAAACAGUGGACAACCUAGCCAAGGACAAGACCUGCCAAUUCAAGAUCAUUGACAAACCAUAUGACCCUUCAAACAAUUCCUUCACUUGGACUGUUGAGAAGGAUGUGCCCACUGCAAUCUAUUUCAUAAGGGCAUAUGCCCUCAACUCCGAGGGCCAUGAGGCCGCCUAUGGUCAGACCACGAGUGCUGACAAGACUGCCAACUUGUUCGAGAUCCAGUCAAUCUCCGGUCGCCACAUGUCACUCGAUAUCGCUUCGGCUUGCUUCUCUGCUUUCUCUGUUGUGUCAUUGUUUGGAUUCUUCUUUUUGGAGAAGAGAAAGGCCAAGAUGUCACAGCAGAAAUGAAGGGAAUUAAAGGUGGUUGUUAAGCCAUAGACUUUAAGUGUUGUAAUGUUAUGUCAAGUGGCUAAUCUUUUUGAGGGUAAUCUGGAGAAGUGUUAUGUGGGGAUUAAAUAAACCUUCUUGUACUAUAGGAUUUGGAAUGGAUGGAACAGUCUAUGUUUGUUAAGAAAGCAUGAAAAUCAUGUACUUCUCAUUCUGUGUUUUUAGAGGUUGACGGCAAAAAGUAAUUUUCUUACC